AACUUCCUCUUUCUCUGUGCCUAAAUGUGAGAGGAUCUAGGGAAACCUAGCCCUCAAACUAAUCUAAAUCCAUCCUUAAAAAAGGCACACUAAAACGUCGCCAAAAUGACCGAGCAGAUGACAGUAAGGGGGACCCUAAAGGGGCAUAAUGGUUGGGUCACGCAGAUCGCCACUACCCCUCAGUUUCCUGAUAUGAUUCUGUCUGCAUCCCGAGACAAGUCUAUCAUCAUGUGGAAGUUGACCCGUGAUGAGACCAACUAUGGCAUCCCCCAACGCGCCCUAAAGGGACACUCUCACUUUGUGAGUGACGUUGUCAUCUCCUCAGACGGACAGUUCGCUCUGUCUGGGUCCUGGGAUGGAACCCUCCGUCUGUGGGACCUCACCACUGGUACCACCACCCGCCGCUUUGUGGGUCACACCAAGGACGUCCUGAGCGUGGCUUUCUCUGCUGACAACCGCCAGAUCGUGUCUGGUUCCCGGGACAAGACCAUCAAGCUGUGGAACACCCUUGGAGUCUGCAAGUACACCAUCCAGGAUGAGAGUCACUCUGAGUGGGUGUCCUGCGUGCGCUUCUCCCCCAACAGCAGCAACCCCAUCAUUGUAUCCUGUGGUUGGGACAAGAUGGUCAAGGUGUGGAACCUGGCCAACUGCAAGCUGAAGACUAACCACAUUGGCCACACUGGCUACCUGAACACAGUGACCGUCUCUCCCGAUGGCUCCCUCUGCGCUUCUGGUGGAAAGGACGGUCAGGCCAUGCUGUGGGACCUCAAUGAGGGCAAGCACCUGUACACCCUAGAUAGUGGUGACAAUAUCAACGCCCUCUGCUUCAGCCCCAACCGAUACUGGCUCUGCGCCGCCACCGGCCCAAGCAUCAAGAUCUGGGAUCUGGAGGGUAAGAUCAUUGUGGAUGAGCUAAGACAGGAGGUGAUCAGCACCAACAGCAAGGCCGAGCCCCCACAGUGCACCUCUCUGGCCUGGUCUGCUGACGGACAGACCCUGUUUGCUGGCUACACCGAUAACCUGAUCAGAGUGUGGCAGGUUACCAUCGGAACCCGAUAAGGACCUUUUCACAGAUUCAGUGAUGAAUAAAAUACAGUUUUAAAUUAA